AUGAGACCUAUUUUGCUAAAAGGACACGAACGUUCGCUCACACAAGUUAAAUUCAAUCGUGAAGGUGACCUGAUCUUUUCAUGUGCCAAGGACAGCGUUGCUUCUGUGUGGUACGCAAUUAACGGUGAAAGACUAGGAACUUUCGAGGGCCAUCAAGGUACGAUCUGGUCCAUCGAUGUGGACAAAUUCACAAAGUACACCGUCACAGGGUCCGCCGACUUCAGCAUCAAAUUGUGGGACAUUGAGACUGGACAAAAUGUCUACACCUGGAAAACCAAGACACCCGUAAGAAGAGUCGAGUUCAGCCCCUCUGGUGACAAGUUUUUAGCUGUCCUGGAUGGUGUUAUGGGCUAUCCUGGUAGUGUCACUGUCUACGAGCUUCCUCGCGAUGCGCAGACACAUCAACUAAGCCAAGAGCCUUCGGAAGAGCCUCUAUUCAACAUUAUGACUCAAGAGGGAUUCGACAUUGCUGCUGUAGCCGCAUGGAGUUUCCUGGACCAAUACAUCGCUGUGGGGCACAAGGACGGCCGUGUCUCCAAGUACGACGGUGCCACUGGGGAGUUUAUCGAUGCGCUAGAGCUACACACUCAAAGCGUCAGUGACGUCCAGUUUUCGCCCGAUGGUACCUAUUUCAUCACUUCUUCCAGAGACAGUGAUGCCAAGCUCGUUGACAUAGAGACGCUUGAGGUGCUAAAGACUUACGAGACUGACUGUCCGCUCAACAGCGCGUGCAUCACUCCACUCAAACAGUUCGUCAUUCUCGGAGGUGGUCAGGACGCCAAAGACGUCACCACAACCAGUUCGCGCGAGGGUAAAUUCGAGGCCCGUUUAUACCAUAAGAUCUUCCAAGACGAAAUCGGUAGAGUCAAAGGCCAUUUCGGUCCCCUAAAUUGUGUCGCAGUCAGCCCUCAGGGCACUUCAUAUGCGUCCGGUGGUGAAGAUGGUUUCGUGCGUCUGCACCAUUUCGACAAAAGCUAUUUCGACUUCAAGUACGACGUGGAAAAGAGUUUUGAGGCUCAAAAGCAUAUGCAAGAAUUGGAAUCCAACGCUUAG